CGGGCUUUUGGCUCGAUGGGGAAACUGAGGCAAGACUCGGCAGACCGAAUGCAAGGGUGGGAGCCCAUCGGGUCUGGCCCGCCGCCUGGGGAGGGCGGAAACCGGGGCGCCUCCGGUGCGGGGGCAGGGACGCCGCAGAAGUACGACCCCACCUUCAAAGGACCCAUCUACAACCGGGGCUGCACAGACAUCAUUUGCUGUGUGUUCCUCCUCCUGGCCAUCGUGGGCUACGUGGCCGUGGGGAUCAUAGCUUGGACCCAUGGAGACCCUCGAAAGGUGAUCUACCCCACCGAUAGCCGAGGCGAGUUCUGCGGGCAGAAGGGCACAAAAAAUGCGAACAAGCCCUUCCUGUUUUAUUUCAACAUCGUGAAGUGCGCCAGCCCCCUCGUCCUGCUGGAAUUCCAGUGUCCCACCCCCCAGAUCUGCGUGGAGAAGUGCCCCAACCGAUACCUCACCUAUCUGAAUGCUCGCGGUUCCCCGGACUUUGAGUACUACAAGCAGUUCUGCGUGCCUGGCUUCCAGAACAACAAGGGUGUGGCCGAAGUGCUUCGGGAUGGCGACUGCCCCCCUGUCCUCACUCCUAGCACCCCGCUGGCCCAACGAUGCUUCCCAGCCAUCCACGCCCAUAAGGGGGUCCUCAUGGUGGGCAACGCGACGACCUAUGAGGACGGGGACGGCGUUCGGAAAAACAUCACUGAGCUGGUUGAGGGCGCCAAGAAGGCCAAUGGGGUCCUGGAGGCGCGGCAGCUGGCCAUGCGGAUAUUUGAAGAUUACACUGUCUCCUGGUACUGGAUAGUCAUAGGCCUGGUCAUCGCCAUGGUGAUGAGCCUCCUGUUCAUCGUGCUGCUCCGCUUCCUGGCUGGCAUUAUGGUCUGGGUGAUGAUCGUCAUGGUGAUUCUAGUCCUGGGCUACGGUAUAUUUCACUGCUACAUGGAGUACGCCCGACUGCGUGGGGAAGCCGGCUCCGACAUCUCCCUGGUGGAUCUCGGCUUUCAGACAGACCUCCGCGUGUACCUGCACUUGAGGCAGACCUGGAUGGCUUUCAUGAUCAUUCUGAGCAUCCUUGAGGUUAUCAUCAUCUUGCUGCUCAUCUUUCUCCGGAAGCGAAUUCUCAUCGCCAUUGCCCUCAUCAAAGAAGCCAGCAGGGCUGUGGGAUAUGUGAUGUGCUCCCUGCUGUACCCGCUGGUCACCUUCUUCCUGCUGUGCCUUUGCAUCGCCUACUGGGCCAGCACGGCCGUCUUCCUGUCCACUUCCAACGAAGCGAUUUAUAAAAUCUUCGGGGAUGUCAACACCUGCCCAGUUAAUGGGAAAACCUGCAGCCCUGAGACCUUCCCCUCCUCCAACGAGUCCCGCCUAUGCCCUGGAGCCCACUGCCAGUUCGCCUUCUAUGGUGGUGAGUCAGCUUACCACCGGGCCUUGCUGGGCCUACAGAUCUUCAAUGCCUUCAUGUUCUUCUGGCUGGCCAACUUCGUGCUGGCGCUGGGCCAGGUCACACUAGCUGGGGCCUUUGCCUCUUACUACUGGGCCCUGCACAAGCCAGAUGACCUGCCUGCCUUCCCGCUCUUCUCCUCCUUCAGCCGGGCACUCAGGUACCACACGGGCUCCCUGGCCUUUGGUGCCCUCAUUCUGGCCAUCGUGCAGAUCAUCCGCGUGAUGCUGGAGUACCUGGAUCAGCGCCUGAAAGCUGCUGACAACAAGUUUGCCAAGUUCCUCAUGACCUGUCUCAAAUGCUGCUUCUGGUGCCUGGAGAAGUUCAUCAGAUUCCUCAAUAGGAAUGCCUACAUCAUGAUCGCCAUCUAUGGUACCAACUUCUGCACCUCGGCCAAGAACGCUGUUUACCUGCUCCUCACUCUCCCUUGCAGAGUGGCUGUCCUGGACAAAGUCACUGACUUCCUCUUCCUGUUGGGCAAACUUCUGAUUGUGGGCAGUGUGGGGAUCCUGGCUUUCUUCUUCUUCACCCACCGUAUUAGGAUCAUACAGGACACAGCACCGCCCCUCAAUUAUUACUGGGUCCCUAUACUGACUGUGAUCAUUGGCUCCUACAUGAUCGCCCAUGGCUUCUUCAGCGUCUACGGCAUGUGUGUGGACACACUGUUCCUCUGCUUCUUGGAGGACCUAGAGAGGAAUGAUGGCUCGGCCGAGAGGCCUUACUUCAUGUCUUCCAAUCUCAAGAAGCUUUUGAACAAGACCAACAAGAAGCCGGCAGAAUCUUAAAGGCCCCACCUUCCCCCCACCUCCCUGCAAGGUCUCACGCUGGGUGCUCGGCAGCUGGGUCAGAACCCCCAGCCCCUGGGGCUGACCGGAAGUCCUGUCACUGCCACACACCCCCCAUCAUCCAAUGGGGACCCGGAAGAUUGGUGGCAUCUCCUCCCUAUGCCAAGGGGCAGUCGGGGUUUUCAUGGCGGCCCCCCCAAGACUGAGCAAUGAAUCGCUCCAGCCCUCACUGGCCGGGAUGGGAAGGAGUCCCAUGAGGGCUCUUGAUAUGUCUGGCCUGCGAUGGGGCCCAGCCUCUGUGGGCUGCCUCCCGCUUCCUGUUCCCUCUUAUGGCAGGACGGUGUUUGUGUCUGCGGGAGCCAUGGCCACAGUCAGCUCCAGCUCCCGAAGGCCCUCCUUCACGCACAUCUGCUCAGGCCAGGACGGAGCCCCCUCUCCAGAGCUGAACAACUGGCACGCAGGCUGCCACAUGUGUUUCUUUACUAUUUUUUUUUUUAACCUGGCUAUGCAUUAAAGGGUCUAUUAGUUUU